AUGUUCCCAAGAAUCCCAACGUCAUACGAAAUGGAGGAAGAUUAUGAUGAUGUCGAAUCAUCUUCACAGGAGGUAUAAUAUUAAUCUUUGAAAAAUAAUGAAACUCAAAUUUGCUGCCUGUUUCGGGAACAUUUUGGUUGAGGAAUUUCUAUUAUAACAUCUGAAAAUGGAGAAAAGUCAUUCAAGGACGAAAAAACAGUAUUUUACAGUAGAAACCAAAAAAAUAUGUUCUCUGCAAGAAUAUUUUGUUCAAAAAUAAUGUCUUUUUUAUUUAAAAAAAUUUUUUUUUCUUUUUUCAGUUUAAAAUGGGAUUGGUUCUGACAAUGUGAAUGAUAUAAUAGUUCUAUCCUAAUUGAUCGUAAUGAAACUUAUUAUCAUUUCUUUCCAGGAAACGGUCGAAGACGAGGAAAUGGCCCAAGCGAACGCCGAAGCUGACCAGCGCCAAGCAGACCAUCAAAAGAGAAUGGAUCUUCUCAAUGAACUGAAGGUAUUUUGAAACUUCAUUGAAUUGGGUAGAUGAAAUAAUUGAUUUUAGAACAUCAUGGCCAAAGCGAGAGAGUUCACCACAGGAAUGAAUCUUGCGCUCUCUGGCGGACAAGAAACGGUUGGUUUUUUGAACUUUAAUUUUCCGAGGAAAUAGGUUUUUUGAAACUAAUUCUUUCCUGCCAAAAGAGGGAGCUUUUUCAAUAGUCUGAUUGAAAAUUGUAUCAUUUCUUGUCCAAAAACUCUUGAAAAAACAAUUUUAUUCAUUCCAGGCUCCAUACACGCUGAACAACAUCGAUGCUCAGCUCUUGCCUCUCAUGGAAAAAGUUAAAAAUAACCUGAAGGAACUGCGCUCCAUGCAAUGA